UGACACCAAAAUAAAAGAAAACCCCUUUAUUCUCCUUUAAAAGGAGAUGGAAAACACACAAUUGAGUGUAAAGCUUGAAGAAAUUAAACUGUCAUACUCAUCAUCACUACCAUGGAUGUUGAGAAAGUCUUCCACAUGACAGGAGGAGUUGGAGAAACUAGCUAUUCCAGAAAUUCUUCACUUCAGAAGAAGGCAUCUGAAAUGGUGAAGCAUAUAACUCUAGAGACAGUGGAAGAAGUAUAUGUAGCAACAAAGCCUAAAAGCAUAGGCAUAGCUGACUUAGGUUGUUCCUCAGGACCUAAUACUUUGUCAAACAUUAAAGACAUCCUGGAUAAAAUCGAAGGUAUCAGCCACAAUAAGCUGAAGCAAUCAGCACCGGAGUUUCGAGUAUUUCUAAACGACCUUCCAACAAACGAUUUCAACGCAAUAUUCCAGGCCUUACCUGAAUUUCAUCAAUGGUUAAAGCAGAAAGAUGGAAGUGAUGAUGAUGAAAAUAGAGUAACUAAUUCAUCAAAUAUAUAUGUAGCUGCUUAUCCAGGCUCAUUUUAUGGAAGACUUUUUCCAGAUCAUUGCUUGCACUUUAUCUAUUCCUCUUAUAGUUUGCACUGGCUUUCUAAGGUUCCACGAGGACUGUACGAUGAACAGGGGAAUUCCUUGAACAAAAAUAGCAUAUACAUAUCUGAAAAUAGUCCUUGUGAGGUUUCGAAAGUUUACUUUGAUCAGUUUAAGGAAGACUUCUCAUUGUUUCUUCAAUCACGGUCGGAUGAGCUGGUUAGUAGAGGAAAGAUGGUGCUAAUUUUAUUAGGAAGAGAAGGUUUUCAUCAUGUUGACAGAGGAAAUGCUUUCUUCUGGAAAAUCCUCUAUCAAGCAUUAACAAAUUUAAUUAGCAAGGGUGAAGUGGAAAAGGAAAAGCUUGAUUCUUACGAAGUACACUUUUAUGCACCUUGCAAGGAAGAAAUAGAAAAGGUAGCAAGAGAAAACGGGUUUUUUGAAGUGGAGAGGCUUGAAAUGUUUGAAAUAGAGAAAUCAAUUGGAAAAGGCAUGAGCUAUGGGACAAUGGUGGCUAUGACAGUUAGAUCAAUCCAAGAAUCAAUGCUGGCUCACCAUUUUGGAGAAGCAAUUAUAGAAGGGUUGUUUAAAGAAUAUGGUAGAUUGGUGGAUGAAGAAAUGGAGAAAGAGGAAAUUAGGCCUAUCACUUUCCUUCUCGUUCUUCGAAAACCAUAGUAAAAUCCGUGUAUAUAAUAUCUAAAUUGUUGUGAUAAUUGUUUAAUUUGUACAUCUAGCUACUAUAUCUCUGCAAUUAAUUGAUGAUUUGAUUUACCCUCCAGUCAA